AUGACUCCACGAGAUCACAUGAGAAAAAUGUCUAUCCUGGGGGAACAAGGAACACUAGAAGAAAAGCACUUAUACCGAUUAGCAAGUGGCAUGGCAGCAGGAGAACUGCGGCAGCGGCAAGAGAUGCUAAUGAGAAAUCAGUUGAUGACAGUAAACCCUCAGCUAAUGGGUGCAGGCCAGCAGAGAAUGCAAGCGAUUCCCUCCCAGUUUGAGCCUCGACUGGUAGACAGAGAUCUGUUACCUUCAACUGAAAUGAUGGCAUCAACUGACCCAAGACAAAUCCAUAUAGCGUCGCACCUUGGGCCCACAGUCCCACAGCAUGCAAACAUGCCAAACAUAUUGUCCAACCGUGUUUACCCAGGCCCAGGAUAUAGCUUUCUGCAACCAGAAUCCAUGGAAUCUAUGGCCAGAAGACAGGAACUGGUUCAAAAGCAAAAUAUUGCCAGAAUGGAAAUGGAGAUGAGUGCUAUUUUUCAGCAAAAAGAAAUUGAGAAAGCUCAUCGGAAAGGGCUACUGGGCCUGGAAGCACCUUUCCUUUACCAUGGGAUGCCAGCUAGUCCCAUUGCUUUCCGUGGCAGGCACAGACUACCUGAAGGCCACCUUCCCAGUGACUUAUAUGUUCAUCGUACCACCCUUGAUGAAAUUCAUGGCAACACUAUGCUCAUGGCAACCAGCCCAUACCCUCCAGUCAGCACUUUGCAAAGGGAGAGGGGACGUCGAGCAGGGAGAAGAGCUGGAAAUCACAAAACUGCAGACUGUACUGCCAAUGGCACAAAGAACCAAGCUGACGACAAAACUAUGGACCCUGCUUCAGCUGCAGUGGAUGAUGAGAAAGAAGAAAAGAAGGAAGCAGAGGUGGAGACACCAAACAAACAUGAACAAAGCAAAAACCAGACUGAGCCACCUGCAGUUGCCAAAAACUGUAAAGAGUUUGAACAAGGCUUGAGAAAAAACUGUGCUACUCAUGAAAUUUCUGCUGAAACCAACAGCUGCAGCAACACAAAUGAGAAGGAAUCUAAUAGCUCCUGUGCUGCUUUUGAUGACAAGUACAUGUACCCUUCUGCAAUCCCAUUCUCAGCGUUACCAUAUGGAUUUCCAGUACCCAGCAACCCAUUGCUACCUUCAGGAGCACAUGGCCUGAUCCUGAAUGGAGAAGACAUUUCUUCCAUUGAAGACAUUCGCAAGUGGACUGUUGAUGAUGUAUACAGCUUCAUCGUUAGCCUCCCAGGCUGUUCAGAUUAUGCCCAGAUAUUUAAAGACCACGCUAUUGAUGGAGAAACCCUCCCACUGCUAACAGAGGAACAUCUACUGGAUACAAUGGGAUUAAAACUCGGACCAGCAUUAAAAAUCCGCUCUCAGGUGUCUCGACGCCUGGGCAAUGUGUUCUACAUGAUGAAUCUUCCUCUCUCCGUGCCCCUGCCACCUGCUCCAGGCAAACCCUCAGAUCAGCCCUCUGACAUAGCCUCGCCUCUUCACUGCAACAGCAGCGGUGAUACGCUGGAUAGUCCCUGCUCUCAGGACCCAGAAACUUCAAAAGCAGUGGAACAGAUUGUUUCAGAAAGCAGGGAAAAUCCAUGUGACACAGCUGGAUCUCAGGCUGACUUUCAGAUGAUCACUUUUCAGAAAAGUUGA